UUCAACAACUCUGAUGAUCUUAUCUUCUCUCACUUCAUUCAUAUAUAAGGGAAGCUCACAAUAACCCUAGUAGUUACUUACAAAUAUUCACCCUUCUUUGACCAUACCAUGGACAUUAUUGGCAAUAUUUGUCUCUUGAAUUUGCCAGAACCCAUAUUGGAUUGUAUUCUGAAGCUCCUUUCACCAAUGGAACUCAUUGAAAUGUCUGAAGUGUGUACUUAUUUAAGGGAUAGGUGCCGAAGUGAUCCUUUGUGGGAAGAGCAUGUAAAGAAGAAAUGGGGUAGAGUCAUUGGUGGUGUUGCUUACGAGGAAUGGAAAUGGCAUAUUACAACAGCAAAGGAGAAAGGAAUUGACCAACUUAGUCAACAUGGCAAUCAGAAUAGAUCACUAGGGUCUUUUUAUGGUACUUGGCCUAUGUUAUACCUCAGGUCAUAUCUAGAAGAUUGUAACCAUCUUAGUAGCUCUUUGGCAAAUUGCUUUAUGAUGACUUUGUAUUUCUCUCUCGAGAAUGGCAAGUUCUGGUUUCCAGCUCAAAUUUACAGGGGAUCAUUGGCUCGUGACGCCUUAGUUAGAUAUAAUUCCAAAACUGAUAACUUUGAAGCAAGAGAACAAAAUGGGGGUUGGCACUCAGUUGGUAGCAACAUCCAAUGGGAUAUCCUUAGAGUUCCCCCAGUUGAUACCCCUCCAUGUGAUCGACACAUCUCUGAUUGUUUACAAGACUUAAAGCCAGGGGAUCAUAUAGAGAUCCAACGGAAGUCAAGAAGAGAAAUUGCUUAUGAUUGGUGGUAUGCUGUAAUUGGUCACAUGGAAUCAUGCAGUGAAAAUGAGAAGUUGUGCCGUUGUGGCGACUCUGAGAAAUUGAUCGUGGAGUUCAAGCAAUACUAUAAUGGAUCAAGAAUGAGACGAGUAAUGCUACUCAGAAAUGGGGAACAAAGUGGAGAAACAACUGCAUACUAUGGAGGAAUUAGAAAGCUUCAUAGUGCGGAAGAGAUCCAAAGAUGGGAGAAGCUCUUGCCACCACAUCAAACUCCUUUUAUACAGAUGGGGGCGCGCAUUGUGUGUCGGGGGAUGGCACCACGAAGAGGAGUUCAAUAACUACAUUUCAAGUUGUUAUUAAGGUUCUCAUCUUGUAUUUGGAUAAAACGUCAAAGGUGGUAAGGUGUUCAAGUUGGCUUUCCCAUGGAGACUAAAGAACACUUUCUACAACAUACUAGAGGUCUUUGUGGUAAGAAAAUUGACAUGACGUGGUGGAUAGCUCUUGUGUGGAAUCUUUGGGCACUUGAAAUUUCAAUUUUUUAGGAAUAAAAUUCUUAAAUAUGUACUUGAAUUAAUUAAAUUUAGAUCUUGAGCAUAGCUAUAUGAAGACUUUUAUUUCUUUUUCAUUUUAUGAGUGGUAUAUGAAUCCACAUUGGUAUGU